AUGACCGAUUACAAGUUCGAAGGAUGGAUGGGCCUGGAUGCCGAGUCCGCCAAGGGCAACAUGGUCUGGCAGGAGUACGAACCUAAGCCAUGGGAGGAAACAGAUGUUGAUAUCAAAAUCACCAAUUCUGGUAUCUGUGGUUCAGAUCUGCACACCCUCAGAUCCGGCUGGGGCCAAACCCCCUACCCUUGCGUUGUCGGACACGAAAUUGUUGGUGUAGCCGUUCGGGUCGGUUCCAAGGCCGAAGGUGGCAUCAAGGUCGGUGACGUGGUUGGAGUUGGUGCGCAAUCCGACUCUUGCCUCGGCCGUGAUGGCCCCUGCAACGAAUGCAGCCACGAUGCUGAGAACUACUGCACCAAGGUUAUCAACACAUACGCCUCCGUACAUAGGAAUGGUGGGAAUGGAUAUGGCGGCUAUGGUCUUUACCACCGGUGCCCGUCGCACUUUGUGAUUAAGAUUCCUGACGGGCUUGCCCCGGAGUACGCCGCCCCUAUGCUCUGCGGUGGCGUGACUGUGUACUCGCCUCUCAAGCACUUUGGAGCUGGCCCGGGCAAGAAGGUCGCCGUGGCGGGGGUUGGUGGUCUUGGACACUUUGCUGUCUUGUUUGCUAAAGCUUUGGGCGCAGACGAAGUUGUAGGAAUUUCCCGAAAGGCAAGCAAGAAACAGGAGGCUCUCGAUCUGGGCUGCGACGACUACAUCGCAACAGAAGAUGACAAGGACUGGGGAAAGCAUAAUGCCCGCCGGUUUGAUCUCAUCAUCAGCACCAUUUCCUCCGAGAAGAUGCCUCUAAGCAGUUACGUUGACACACUGAGGUUGGAUGGUACACUCGUCCAGGUUGGAGCCCCCGAAGGUCCCGUGCCCUUGCACAUCUUUAGCAUUAUUCCUGGCCGUCGCCGAAUUGCCGGAUCCGGUAUUGGCAGCCCGAAGGAGAUUCGAGAAAUGCUCCAGUUGGCCGUGGACAAGAAGAUCAAGCCAUGGGUUGAGAAGCGCCCAAUGAAGGAUGCUAACCAGGCCAUCGUUGAUAUGGAAGACGGCAAAGCAAGAUUCCGAUACGUGCUGCAGAAUUAG